ACAGCUGAGCAGUUGAGCGCGCCUAGCGGUGAAGUGCGGAACUACGAGUGCGGUCUGUGAUUUUUGCAGUCGGAAUGGGUUACUACGGCAGAGGUGGAAGGACAUUGUCGGCUUGUCUUCUCAAUCAGAGUUCCUCGUUUUCGAGGAUUGUUUUAUGCUUUCUACUGCUGAUUUUGACAGUUCAUGCAUCUGCAGACUGGCACUACAGUGAAGACAGUUGGACCGGAGUGUGUAGGGAUGGAAAGCGUCAGUCACCGGUGGAUCUCGACGAGGAAAAGGCCAAAGUGGAGGUGACUCAGCCACUCAUCUUCCUCAGAUACGACAGACCUGUGCAGGCCAAUCUAUCCAACAAUGGACACACCGUUGUGUUGAACGUGGAGCAGCAGUGUGAAGUGGCCAUUGCCUCUGGAGGAUUGCGAGGCGUCUACCAACUCGAUGAAAUACAUUUCCAUUGGGAGGCUGAGCAUACCAUUGUUGGCAACAGGUAUUACAAACUAAUACAAUCAUUAUCACUGCAAUUAUCAUGGAUUACCUAUGAAAUGCUACAAGAAGGAAGGAAAUACAUACUAGGUAAUGGAAAGGUUGUGUUGAACGUGGAGCAGCAGUGUGAAGUGGCCAUUGCCUCUGGAGGAUUGCGAGGCGUCUACCAACUCGAUGAAAUACAUUUCCAUUGGGAGGCUGAGCAUACCAUUGUUGGCAACAGACUGCCACUAGAAGUGCAUUUCGUGCAUCACAAUGUACUCUUCAACAACAUCUCGCAUGCUCUUCAACAUCCUCAGGGACUGGCUGUGGUUGCUGUCCUAUUUCAUGAAGUAGACUUUGAGAGCUCUAACAUGGUGCCUGUGUUGGACGCCCUGGAGGAGACGGCAGGCUCGGUGGGGGAGUCCACCCGCCUGGCCGUGCCCUUUUCCCCCGCCACCCUCCUGCCCGACGACAGGUCCCGAUUCUACCGCUACCAGGGUUCACUCACGACACCCCCUUGCACCGAGUCGGUCGUGUGGACUGUCAUGCACUCAUCAGUACCCAUAUCCAAGUUCCAGUUGGAGAAGUUCAGAACAGUGAACUCUACCUCGGGUCUCCUGGACGCCAACUUCCGCCGAACCCAUCCACUCAACGGGCGAACCAUCCAUCUGAUAACCGACGACGAAGUCGACAUCACAGACAACGAGAUUUCGGCCGCGACCACACCGCACAUCUGUCACAAAACAUUCAUCCCGAUCGUUGCACUAGCCGCGUUCACGUUGAGUCGAUUCUAAGGAAAAUCUAGUCCCACACAUCAGCUGUAUACAUUCCAUCCAUUCCUUUCAAUUGUUUCAUGUUCAAGUAGUCUAAUUAGAAAUUGUUAUCAUUCCUUUAUCAUUGCAACAUAUCAAAUAUCACCGAGAAUUAGGGAUAGGACAACCGUCAAUGAAUAUUACUGUACUGGAUUACAGUUUCAUCCUAGUGAUCAUUCAUUUAUCAUUGCUACAUAUCAAAUAUCACCGAGAAUUAGGGAUAAGAAAACCGUCAAUGAAUUUUACUGUAUUGAUUGUGUAAUGUUACUGUAUUGGAUUACAGUUUCAUCCUACAGUGAUCAUUCCUCUAUCAUUGCUACGUAUCAAACACCACCGAGAAUUAGGGAUAGGAAAACCGUCAAUGAAUAUUACUGUAUUGGAUUACAGUUUUAUCCUACAGUGAUCAUUCCUUUAUCAUUGCUACAAAUCAAACAUCACCUAGAAUUAGGGAUAGGACAACCGUCAUUGAAUUUUACUGAAUUGAUUCUGCAAUGAAUAUUACUGUUUUGGAUUACAGUUUCAUCCUUCAGUGAUAAUUCCUUUUCAUUGCUACAUAUCAAACAUCACCGAGAAUUAGGGAUAGGAAAACCGCCAAUGAAUUUUACUGUAUUGAUUUAGUAAUAAAGUUUCAUAUAAAAAUACCCAAAAGGCGAAUGUAGAUCUAUAAGGCUCAUCUUACACUUGAGCGACUCAGGUCGAGAAGAGACUCGACUCUAGUCGAGAGCAUGUGUUUCCAAAUGGUGACACUCAGACCAGUCGACUCUAGUCUCCGCGACUGUCACCAUUUGAAAACACAAUAUGCUCUCGACUAGAGUCGAGUCUCUUCUCGACCUGAGUCGCGUAAGUGUGAGUUGAGCCUGACUCUAACCAUUGAUAGAAUAGAAUUGAAUAGAAGAUGAAACAGAUAUAAAUCAACAGUUCACUCUGGACAACUAGAUGUAAACCAUAAUAUAGCUGAAUUGUAUACCAUUUUCUCAUUAUUCAACUUCAUAAUCAAUUCCAUAUAUGAAUUCAACAUAAAUCAUUCAAUUUUAUUGUAAAAACGAAAAUCUUUCAAGAAAUCUCUUCCUUCCAUUCCAUUAGUCUUCUUCCAUUUGUAUUUGUGAUAAAUAGUGUAUAUUAUUCGUUUUCUAGUGUGGUAAGAUAGUUUUAAGAUGUAGGAACAAAUAUAUACGUAAAUAGUAAUAAACAUAAAUUAUCAUGUUGAGUAAAAUGAUAAAAGAGUAUCAGUAUACCACAUAUCGUUGAUUGGUAUUAUAGAUUUUAUUAUAAAUUGUUUGAAAGGCGUUAGCAAUUGUUGAAAAUAAAGAUUUGUUAAGCUGCGUUUACAGCUAUGCUAUCAACAAAUGUUAAUAACUUAAUCCUUAUAGAUUCUAUUAGAUUGAACGGAGCUUGACAAACACAUAAUGUUCAUCAUGUGUAUGAUAAGUUAUGUUCAAUCAAAUAGAAUCUAUAAGGAUUAAGUUAUCAACAUUUUGUUAAUAACUUUGGUGUGAACGCAGCAUUUAGUUUGACGAAUAUAUUAAAACAUUGAUAAUUAUUCUAGGUUUCUCAGUGGCCAUUAUACUAUAGAGUUUAAGAGAAAUUUAGAUUGAGAAAUCGAAAAGUAUAGUGGUCGUAAAAAAUUGAAAUUGUUUUAAAAAUGGGAAAGAUGACAUUAGUCCUAGAUGUGACAAUAUUGAAUUAGAAAGUCGGGGAAUUAUUUGUGAAUAUCGUUGAAGUGAUACAAUUUCUGUAAUAAUUACUACAAUUAUUGUAGUUGGAGAAACGAAUUCAAAAAUAUUCAAUAACUGUUAAGUAAAAUUCCAUCUAACUAGACAUAAAUGGUUUCUAUUUGAGUCAAUCAAUAGACUUUCAAGAACAUUUUUAUCGUCUACAUCCAAUAAAUUUUAUUCGAGCUGUUCGUAUCUAUUUUGAAUAAAUAAACUUAAUCAUUCGUUUUAAUAUACAGAACUCAACGAACUAACAACCCCUCUAUGAAAGUAAUGUAAACCGAAUUGCCUGAUAUUAUUCGCUGUAGGCCUAUAUUGAAACAAAAAACGUUAGGAAGAUACCCAAAGUAUUAUGUAAACGGAAUUCACUUUCCUAAAUAAUAUAUAAUUAGGCUGUAUUCAGUAUACUAAAACAUCAAAAAUAUGAAACGAAUAUGAAAUCUUAAAAUGCCAAACUGAAGAGAAAAAAUUUUCUCCAUUUUUUAGUUUAAAGGAACCUAAUUCUUUAGUUUAGUAUAUGACGAAGUAUUGAGAUUAUUCUGUUCAUAUUUAUGUAUAGAUGAAUAAAAUUGUUACCGUACUGAGAA